CGCCUAUCAAGUCCUCUUCGCCUAUCUUUUGUAUAAUUAAAACAAUAUAUAUUAUUUUGUCUCAUUUUUAUGAAUUUUUCAUUAUUUUUACAGAGAAAUACUUGUAUAUACUACUUUUUAGAUAAAUUUUGUUUUAUAUUAAAUUUUAAAAUUAAAAUACCAACAUACAUACCAGAUGGAGUAAUUGUUAUGUCAAACGCAUAUUUUUCGUACAAGAAACUUGUACUUGUUGCAGGGUUUUUAAUGAUAUAAAAGAUGUCCAAAACUAGAGUUGAGAGUCUUCUUCAAUCACCUAAUGUUGAUUUUCUCUGCGUAAUUUUAUCAAACACCUGGCGUGCACCCGUCAAACACCUGGCGUGAUGCUAUUGCGUGCAGGCUCGCUCUCCCCUUCGCUCAGACCCUGCCCCCUUUUCGGCUUCCUCACUAAAACCCCAUCAUUUUUCAUCCAUUGCCCCCCCUUUCCACCACUUCCUCCCCUGCAUUUUCAUCAUUCUUUAUGCCCCACCUUGAGUUUUGUCUCAAGAAAAUUGCCCAUGAAUAGAUUUUCUCAGUUUUGUACUUUUUCAGCUGUUACUGGAAAGUCCUCUUCACCAAAUGCUCCACUUUCAAACAAGGAGAAGAAAAAAGUGCGGCGCGAGUCGCCGCAAGGUGUGCUUCUUCACAAGCUUGGGGUUUGUUCCAAGGACAGGAAUCUUGUUGAGGCUCUUCAGCUCUAUGAUGAUGCCAAGGUGAAUAAUGUGAGAUUAGCUCUUGAGCAUUAUAAUAUGUUGUUGUAUUUAUGUUCUUUGGGAUUGGAGGGGUUUGUUGAAUUGGGUUUAGAAAGGGGUUUUGAGAUAUAUAAGAGAAUGCGGGUUGAUAAUAUUGUACCGAAUGAGGCUACUUUUACUAGUGUAGCUAGAUUAGCGGCUGCGAAAGAAGACCCAGAAAUGGCUUUUGAUUUAGUGAAACAGAUGAAAAGUUAUGGUCUUUUGCCUAAGUUGAGGUCGUAUGGGCCGGCAUUGUAUGGGUUUUGUAGUAGGAAGAUGGCGGAUAAGGCGUAUGAGGUUGAUGCACAUAUGGUUGAAUCAGGGGUGUUGGCGGAAGAGAAUGAGAUUCGAGCUCUUCUGAAGGUUAGUGUUGAUUUAGGAAAAGAGGAUAAAGUGUAUGAAAUGUUACAUAGGUUGAGGGUAACGGCGAGGCAGGUGGCCGAAGAGAGUGCUGUCGUUGUGGAGGAGUGGUUUGGUUCAACAAGUGCUGCUGAAGUUGGUGAGGAGAAUUGGGAUGUGAGAAAAAUAAAGGAAGGGGUAGUGAAAGGAGGAGGAGGGUGGCAUGGGCAAGGUUGGUUGGGGAAGGGGAAAUGGAAAGUAGUGCGGACUGAGAUGGAUGAGAGUGGUGUGUGCCGGUCUUGCAGGGAGAAGCUCGUUUGUAUUGACAUUGAUCCUAGAGAAACCGCGAAAUUCUCUAUUUCAUUGACCAAGUUGGCUUGUGAAAGGGAGGCAAAAGAGGCCAAGGCUAGUUUUUUGCAAUUUCAGGAGUGGCUCCAGCGACAUGGUCCAUUUGAUGCUGUAGUAGAUGGUGCAAAUAUAGGGUUGAGCAAUCAACAAAGCUUUAAUUUUUUACAGCUAAAUAAUGUUGUUAAUCAACUACGCGAUAUUAGUCCAUCGAAGAAGUUACCGCUUGUGAUUUUGCAUAGAAGCCGUGUAAUUGGUGGUCCUGCUUUGCAUCCUAGAAAUAAAAAGUUAUUGGAGAAUUGGAAAAAGUCCGGUGCACUUUAUGCCACCCCACAUGGUUCAAAUGAUGAUUGGUACUGGUUGUACGCAGCUGUAAGUUGUAGGAGUUUACUUGUGACAAAUGAUGAGAUGAGGGAUCACUUGUUCCAAUUGCUAGGAACUAGUUUCUUUCCUAGAUGGAAAGAAAAACACCAGGUCCGGAUAGCAGUGUCAAGGCAAGGACUCAAACUCCACAUGCCGCCUCCAUAUUCUAUAGUUAUUCAAGAAGCGGAACAGGGUAGUUGGCAUGUUCCAACUGUCACAGGGGACGACCUUGAGAUCCCGAGGCAGUGGCUGUGUGCCACUCGAACCGUGGAGCCUAUUAAUAUUAGUAAAGCGGAAAAUACAUCCAAAGCAACUAAGCCGUUGAGUCAACUUUUUUAAUCAAUUGAACGGAGGUGAGAAGUUGAGAGGUAGAAGAUGUGUUCUCUGAGGUAAAAAUUGGUCAUCUCAUUCUUAAUAGGAAAUUAACAAACCCCUUGGGGGAUUUUUAAUUUAAUUAUAUACCUCUCCACCUCCAGCGAAUGUAACAUUUUCUUGAUAGGAUGUGCCAUUAAAAGUGGAGGUCGAAUCAGUUGAUACAAACAUGACUUCUAAAUUUUGAAUAUAAUUUAUAAUGCACUAUGCUUUUCAAGUA